CCCACCGACCGUACAUAACCAUAACCUUCUGUUUAUCUGUUCUGAUUAAGAAUCUUGUCAAUAAAGUUAUUUUGAUUGAAGAAGUACCAGUAAUGUGACUUGUUACGUAAUCUAGAUGUAGAACAUUUAUUUUAAAAUUUUGGUUUCUGUGAUUUUUUUACAAUUUAAACAUCGUAUUCCAUUCAAAUACUCAAAAUAUUCAUUAAGUUCUAACCUGAAAGUAACUGAAUCUUAGUUACUUUUAAUUUAAUUUUCUUGGUAAAAAUAUCACUAAGAUGGCAUCAAGUGUUCCAAAAAUUAGUUGCCUUUUAAAGAAAUGUGGGGAGAAACAGUUGCACAUCAAAUAUUUCAGUACAUCAUCGUUAUUAUGUGGUAAAAAAGCUAACAAAGCAACUUUCAAAUGGGAGGACGCCUUGGAUCUCGAAUCACAGCUUAAAGAAGAUGAAAUAUUACUUCGUGAUUCUUUCAAAUCAUACUGCCAAGAUAAACUCAUGCCUAGAAUCCUUCUAGCGAAUCGGAAUGAAGUAUUUGACAGAAACAUCUUACGAGAACUCGGAGAGGUUGGAGUCCUCGGUUGUCAGUUACAAGGCUACGGCUGCGCGGGCGUGUCUUACACUGCGUAUGGACUAGUUGCGCGUGAGUUGGAGCGUGUCGACAGUGCCUAUAGGUCCGUCAUGAGCGUCCAGUCUUCGCUCGUAAUGCUGCCUAUCCAUAAGUUUGGUUCUGAAGCUCAGAAAGAGAAGUACUUACCUAAACUUGCUUCAGGGGAGCUUGCUGGUUGCUUUGGGCUGACCGAACCUAACUUUGGCAGUGAUAUUUCCAACAUGGAGACAAAAGCGCAGUAUCUUCCUGACAAAAAAGCCUACAUUCUCCGAGGAAGCAAGACGUGGAUCACCAACUCCCCGAUAGCUGACGUUUGCUUGGUGUGGGCCAAGUGUGAAGACAACAGAGUACGAGGGUUCCUUGUAGACCGAGGUACUCCGGGGCUGGAGACCCCUCCGAUACAAGGCAAGUUCGCUCUACGAGCCUCUAUGACGGGAAUGAUCUUAUUGGACUCUGUCAUCGUACCUGAGGAAAACAUGUUGCCUGGCGUGGAAGGAAUGACAGGCCCGUUCACGUGUUUGACAUCCGCACGGCAAGGCAUCGCGUGGGGAGCGCUGGGGGCCGCGGAGUUCUGCCUGGCCACUGCUCGUCAGUACACGUUGGAUCGUGUUCAGUUUGAACGACCUCUCGCAGCCACGCAGCUCAUACAGAAGAAGCUUGCAGAUAUGUUGACUGAGAUAACUCUCGCUCUGCAUGCUUGUCUCAGACUCACACGUCUGUCUGAGCAAGGCCUGUCAACUCCUGAGCAGGUGUCCAUGAUGAAGCGCAACUCCUGUGGGAAGGCACUGGAGAUAGCGAGGACUGCCCGGGAUUUACUGGGAGGCAAUGGGAUCUGUGACGAGUAUCACAUCAUACGACACGUCAUGAAUCUGGAGGCCGUCAACACAUAUGAGGGAACGCAUGACAUCCACGCUCUAGUGUUGGGACGGGGCAUCACAGGAAUUCCAGCUUUUGCCUCUGUUCCGUGAUUUGUUAGUGCUUUAGGCUACUCAAUAUUAUCUGAGGUAGUAUUUAAACGCAGGAUUAGUUCUUUCCAAGUUCUACUCACGGUUAAAAUGUUCAAAUUUGUCUGUGAUACUUAUGUUUUGUUUAAUAAUACCCGUUGCCUGAUUUUCACUUUUAUAAAAUUUACUACAUUUCCACCUACCUUAGCUGUAUUUAAGUAAAACUCAGAUAGGAACGGAUUUUUUUUUAAAAGCUGCACUACAAUUCAACACAGAUUUUACAAUUCACUUGACACAGGGUUUAACCUGCAUGUGAAAUAAAUUGUUAACCCCAUAUAUUUUUUUAUCGUUAUAUUAUGGAUAUUAGAAUUUAUUUUUGUCUAUACUGUAUAUAAUGUUACCUAUGGUGCCACAUAUGUUGAUUAUAAAAUAAAGUCUAUAUACAAAUUUUAA